AGUUUGCAUAUUGAAAGGAGCUGGAAGCCUGAUAGUAUCCCACAAUGCCAUUGUUUAUCACGGAGGAAGAGCCGCUCUGAGUUAUUUCUGGACUCUGUGGUGGUUGUCAGUGCUGACGAAUCAAUUUCAGGUCCUGAGUCCUACCUCGGUGGAGAGUCUGGCUGGUGUCAAACGCACAUCUUUUCAAAAUAUUGCACAAGAAAAAUCACGUAAAAGAGCAAGAUGACGACUAUGUUUGCAGAUACGAUCCUGAUCGUGUUCAUCUCGGUUUGCACAGCUUUAUUAGCCGAAGGUAUAACGUGGGUGCUCGUCUACAGAACUGACAAGUACAAAAGGCUGAAGGCUGAAGUUGAAAAGCAGAGUAAAAAAUUGGAGAAGAAGAAGGAGACCAUCACAGAAUCUGCAGGGAAACAACAGAAGAAGAAGAUUGAGAGACAAGAGGAGAAACUGAAGAAUAACAAUCGAGAUCUCUCUAUGGUUCGAAUGAAGUCCAUGUUUGCCAUUGGGUUCUGCUUUACUGCGCUGAUGGGAAUGUUCAAUUCCAUAUUUGACGGCCGGGUGGUCGCCAAGCUUCCCUUCGCCCCCCUGUCCUACAUCCAGGGACUGUCUCACCGAAACCUGCUGGGGGACGACUACACAGACUGCUCCUUCAUCUUCCUCUACAUCCUCUGCACCAUGUCCAUCAGACAGAACAUCCAGAAGAUGCUGGGUCUCGCUCCAUCCCGGGCCGCCACCAAGCAGGCAGGCGGCUUCUUGGGACCCCCUCCGCAGGCAGCCAAGUUCUCCUGAGCCGCCCCCCUCCCUCCGGUUCCAGGACCGGGCAGUCCCAGACCAGCGUGAGCGUGGCACCGCGGCCCUGAAGUAGUGCCACGGCUGAACGUACGAGAACAGAAAACAUUUCCAUCUGUGCCAGUGAUCACCUGCAGCAGGGUGUGGUGUUUUUUAUUAUUAUUAUUAUUUGUUUGUUUUAAAAUUACUUUGUAGUUGUUAAAGUUUUAGCAGCAAAGGUACAGACCCCAUGCUCUUUACCUGGUGCAGAAAACUGCUACAUUCUUUUGAUUUAGGGUUAGGAUGAUUUUAAAAUCUUAAACUCAGUAUUCAAAUUCUGAGAUGGCCCGUCUUUCUACACCUCUGCCAUUUCAGCAAUACAUUUUUAAAGGGGGUUGGGGAGAGAGGGUUAAUGAAUUUACCCAGGGUAAUACAUUACACACACACACCUCCACCCAGGGUAAUACAUCACACUCUCUCACUCACACACACCCCCCCCAGGGUAAUACAUCACACACUCUGUGUGUGUGUGUCUCGCUCUCUCUCUCACAUGAUUCUUUAAAAAUAAUUAAAUGCAGUACAUUUUAAAAUAUGUAAGUGAUGGUAGUAUUUAUUAAUGGGUCCCCCCAUUAGUUUUCACAGUGGGGAUCUUGCCUGUACCCAGUUUUGCAGAACUCCUCCACAAGAGAUGUUAAAGCCAUACAGUAUGUAACAGGGUUGGGGCUCAAGCUCCAUGUAUGCAGGUCUAACCUUUGAGCCACACUGAUGGGAAAAUGUACAGAUGUUGGACUCAGUUUUUAAAAAAAUCAAUCCAGUUUACCCUUCUACACAUAAUUUAUUACAGUAAGUUUUGCUGCACAUGGUACUGUAUAUGUUCAUGAACGGCUAAGUAAAAUAAGACCUGAAAGUC